GUGUCUGACGACCUUUAAUUUUCUUGACUUGUAGCACCAAACUAUUCACUUCUGGCAGACCUUUGUCGCCAAAUUCUAUGGAAACACUGGGAGCCUGAGAUACAAACUCGUUAACCCAGUUACAAGCGAUAGCAAGGUAUUCGAAUUGAUGGCCCCGUCACUCCCUCGGUUUUACCUUGGAAACGUGGAGGCAGGUGUCAAAGAACUGCAGUUGAUCCUGGAAAAGUCGCUAGGUCAAACAUCAGCACUGCCUUUCACUGUCCAAUGUCCUAGCGUUAUUGUUGUUUCCCACUAUACGAACGGGUCCAAGGUUUUCUCGAAAGGAGCGCUUAAAGCAACAUUCACUAAUGAGUUCAAAUUUGAUAUGUUCGAGUUGACAUCGCUGGAUUUUGUGGAGUACAUCCAGCGACCCCUUGAAGACUCAUCCACCAGCCCACUUAUGGAACCAAAAACGGAAGGGAAGAAGAAGGGUAAUUCGAAGCGUGCAGCAUUGUUGUCAAAGAAGCUCGCCCAGAGUAUCCCCGAGAGUGUCGUUAACGAGUUUGGAGUGUCGCCCAAGACCAUGCGUUUGCUGGAGGUGUCGGAUGUAUCUUCUAAGAUGAACGAGUUGAUUCAGUACAGCGCGAAUACAAAGCGAAGGCCAGCAGAGAGUCUGGCGGCGUAUUCGCAAUUGCUUCGAGAGAGACAGCCAUUCAUGAGGCCUCGACAGCCGAGCAUACAGGCCAAUCCGCCAAGUAUGGUCAACAACUUUUCGACACCAGUGCUGGCACCAGCGCUACUUCAACCCUUUAACCAACACGCCCUGAUGAACAACGUUGCAUCUGGCGGCAGCCAAAGCCAAAUGCGUGCCUCUGCUUCCCCUCGGUCAAUAAAACGAAGGACAUCUGUCGCUAUGUCCCCAGGCGAAUCAACCUACAUGGCCUCACCGACUGCGUCACCAGCAGUGGACGACUCACAGCCUGGAGCAACUGAUAUCGAGACAUCAAGGCUGGGCCACACCAUUAUGCAUAAAUUCCAAGGAUCAGCACCUGUACAAGGCAUGGCCACCGGACUUGGUCUUAAUCUCGUGGGGUCGCCUCUACAGGCCCCUUCAUCCAUAACUUCACCCAUCUUCGCGCCGUCAACGGUAGUCAGCACCCCAUCAGCUGCAGCGACUCCAUCGACCAAAUCAAGCAAGCGAGUACGGACAGCAUCAACAGCGCCUACCUUGACCGGCGCAGGACAUGCCGGCACCAAAGGAUCGGCUACUGGCGGCGGGAACGGAAGUACACCAGUACGUAGUCGUAAAGGAGCUGGACGCAAGGACUCCAAUGCAAAACGGAAAGCCAGCAUGACAGAGGAGGCCUCUGCAGAGACGGUAAUUUCGGGAGCACCAGCAGGACUGCAGGAGGUACCGUCUGGAUUGAAUACUGGCGGCAGCUUGCUUGCGCCUAGCUCUCUGAUCGCAGCUGGGAUAGGCGGUGUAGGCGGUACACUACAUGGACCGUCGCUUCAUCAGCCGUCAAUGGUGUUGAAUGGAAACCUUUCAAUGAACAAUGGACCAGGCCAAAACAAAGGGAGCGUUGGAAUGCACCCCUACAAGAACGGGACACCUUCGACCACAACGAACCCGAACAAUGGACCGGAUGGUAAUGGAUACUUUUCAGCGGUGAACCAGCAACAGGCGUCCAUGAUGGCGGGGCAAAACGGGGUAUACCACAGCGCAGUGGACACUGCGAGCGCAAUCUUGUCAAACACAACAGGCGAGGGACAGGGUCCGUGAUGUCUAGUCGCUUGGUCCGAAUGCAGUACAUUCUUCACGUGGCUACUCGACUACGUGGGUCUUUCUUUUCUUUUCUCUUUCUUUUCCCUCCUUCGUUUCCCCUCUGUACGCUAUGUUGUACUUGUACAAAAUAUUAUUUACUUCUUACCCAUAAUAAACCUAUUUAUCUACCGGCGG